CCCUGGGAGUUUCAGUGCAGCUAGCGCGAAUGGGAUACAUCAGACUUCAGAUAGGGCCUGGCUGGGAGAGGGAGUAAGUAUGGACAACCUUUCCGACUUUGGGUCCCUAUGUCCGUCUAACCGGAGGGAAUGGGACACCAGCAGCUGUGUGGACGAUUUGAUGGAUGAAGAUGAGAAAGACAGGGCAAAAAGGGCAUCUCGUAACAAAUCGGAAAAGAAAAGAAGAGACCAAUUCAAUGUGCUCAUCAAGGAGCUGUGCACCAUGCUGCAGGGCCAAGGUCAUCCGCGCAAGAUGGACAAGUCCACCAUACUGCAGAGAACGAUCAACUUCCUGCAGACACAGAAAGAAAUCACAGCACAGACCGAGUCGUGUGAGAUACGGCAGGACUGGAAGCCUUCGUUCCUCAGUAAUGAGGAGUUCACCCAGUUGAUGCUGGAGGCUUUAGACGGUUUCCUCAUAGCACUAACUACAGAUGGAAACAUUAUAUAUGUGUCCGACAGCGUGUCUUCACUCAUUGCCCAUUUACCGUCAGAUAUGGUGGACCAAAAUAUCUUGAACUUUCUCCCUGAGCGUGAGCAUGGGGAGGUCUAUAAGCUGCUAUCAUCCCACAUGCUGAUGACUGACCCCAUCUCUGCUGAGUUCCUAGACAGUAAGACACACAUUGAGUUCUGCUGUCAUUUAGCCAGAGGAAACAUCGACCCAAAGGAACCCCCUACAUAUGAGUACGUGAAAUUUGUAGGAGAUUUCAAGUUUCAUAACAAUGUGCCUACUUCCUCUUGUAACGGGUUUGAGUUGACAUUACCAAGAACCCUGCAGUCAUCACUGGAAGAGCAGGUCUGCCUUGUUGCCACUGUACGAUUAGUCACUCCGCAGUUUUUAAAGGAUUUGUGUAAUGUGGAAGAUCCCUCUGAUGAAUUCACAUCUAGACACAGCCUUGAAUGGAAGUUCCUGUUCUUAGAUCACAGAGCUUCACCAAUCAUCGGCUACUUGCCCUUUGAGGUUCUUGGGACUUCUGGCUAUGAUUACUAUCAUGUGGAUGACUUGGAGCUUAUAGCGCGGUGUCAUAAGCAAUUAAUGCAGUUUGGGAAGGGUAAAUCCUGCUACUAUCGGUUUCUGACCAAGGGUCAGCAGUGGAUCUGGUUGCAGACACACUACUACAUUACAUACCAUCAGUGGAACUCCAAGCCAGAGUUCAUAGUGUGCACUCACACAGUCGUCAGUUACGCGGAGGUGAGAGCAGAGAGGAGGAGAGAGUUUGGCUUGGAGGAGACGUCACCUGAGAUGGCCACUUCGUCCUCCAUAAAGGCUCAGGAGGUGUACCUGGACAUCUGUCCCAAUCUGGACCCUCCCGGACAGGACAGGAUGAGCGGGGCAUGCUCAGUGUCCUCCCACAGCUCCCGGAAAUCCUCCCACACGGCCCUGUCCGAUUCGGCAUCCAACACGUCUUUGCGGUUCACAGACGCUUGCACACCAUCACGACAGUCUGCAUCAGUCGCGGGGACAGAGAAGAAUUUGGCCAUACUCGUACCCAGUAGUGCAAAGCAACAACAGCAGCAGCAGCAGUCCAUGUACCAACAGCAGCCCCAAGAGCCUCAGCUAGGUGUGAUGAACCAGCUCAAGGAGCAGCUGGAGGAGAGGACACGCAUCCUGCAGAUGGACAUCAAGACUCAGCAGCAGGAGCUGCAUGACAUCAAGGAGAAGCUUCAGCUAGCUAACCUCCAGAUGUUGUUACAGCAACCCAUCCACGGUGACUUUGGCCAGGUCCAACAGCAGCAGCCUCAGCAGCAGGGUCCAGGGAGGCCGGUCCAGCAGCAUCAGCCCCAGUCUAGGGUGAUCAGGCAGGCCUCGGCCCACUCCAAACAGCCUCUCCAUGGAGCCCACGACUUGUCCCCUCACUCUCUCCUCAGAGAGCACAGCACACCCUCCCCUCAGGUGCAGCAGAGAUUGAUAAGGAGUGCAGGCGGGCAGAUGCAGGCAGUCAGUCUCCCGGUGCACACCCACACCAGCCUGACCAUGCCCUUCUACAGCAACCCCAUGAUGUUCUCUCAGCAGAUGAACACACAGCCACUGCAGGAUGCAAACCAAAGACACUCAGACACCGAGUUCAGUCAAGAGGGACAGUUACGCAUGCUGCUCAACCAGCCAAUGCAGACCCUCUUACCUGAUAGCAGUAUGAGCUCCCAGGCUUCCCAGUGCAACACAGCCAUCCAGCAAACCAAAUACACCCUGGAGCAGCAGAUGAUGACCCCGUCGUUCCCCAUGCAGCAGGUGAACUGCAACGCUGUCCUGGUCCCCUCCCCUGUAUUCACGUCCCCCAUCAUGAUCCCUCACAACAGCUUUAUCACGCACCAGGCCCAGCCCACCUACCACCCUCAGCAGCAGGCCAACCAUCACUCUCUACAGCUGCAGCAUCCCCAGCAGUUCUUUCAGAUGCAGCCCCAAGGACUCUUACACAGUGGACCCACUCAGGCGUUCUUCCACGCCACUACUGUCCCACAGCAAGGUACUGUGGGUUAUAUUCAACAACAACCGCAGCAGCAGCAACCACAACAACAGCAGCAACAACACCACCAUUCCCAAAACCAGACUGGCAACCUUUCAGACUUCCGAAAUAUGCUCACUCGGUAGCACCGAAACUCAAACAGAGUUGUUAGAUAUCCCCUGAAAUGUAUUGUCACAGGUUCAGUGGCAGAAUUAUAUGGGAUGCAUAGAAGAGACAGAGGCUAUUUGGCGCCAUGCUGUGCAGUGUUAUUCGCUGUUUAAGAAACCAAAGUGGCUUUGUUUCCACAGCAACAAAAAAAAUGAAAAUAUGCCUGUGGUGACCUUACUUCUGAUAAGGAGCCACCCUUUUCAGACAAAGCUGUUUUUGUACCCCAUGCUGGGGUGAACCACAGUCAGAGGCUGCUUGGACCGGUGGCGGCCCCCAAUGUGACAGCUCUCCCAGAAAUGAAAAAGGAGUCAGUGUGCUGAAGGCCUGUGCUUCACUCUCUGUCCCACUCCACUGUGCUACUGGGACCAUGCUUACACAUCAUAUUUCAUCAUGACACUGCUGGAUGGAGAAAACUAUCAAAGUAACCAUCAGGAAAACAGUUCUGCUAUGUGUUUUUAUGCAGAUAAUUUUUCAACCAAAAAAUUGGUUAUUGUUAGGUGAGUCUAGUUGUGCACUGACUGCACUUCUUCAUAGCAUCUGUCCUGAUGUUCAGAGAGUAAACACAAGCAGUGAACAUUUACUUCUUCAAAGUUGCAUCUUCAUUUCACAUGAAAAACAUUUGUGAGUUAUGGUUUUGUUGUGCAGUUGCAUACUUUUUUGUUAUGAAACAGCAGUUUUACAAACCUAUAAAACAACAAUAUUUUCCCCAGAAGGAAAUGUAAAGGAAGGGUUCAUUUUGAUGUUGGACAUCAGUUGUUAUUUCAUCACACAUUCAAAUCAGUCAUCCUAGAUACAGUGCAUUUGGAAAGUAUUCAGACCCCUUCCCUUUUUCCACAUUUUGUUACGU